ACCUGUCUGAUAACAACAAAACAAAUAACAAAUUUUCUGUUGUGGACAUUAGACUUUUCUCGUAUUAUCUUUUAUUAGAUUAACAUAUAUCUCCUAAAAAACAUUACAACUACAUUCCAAUUCCAAUAUUCUGUAAAAAUUUAAUAAAACAUUACAAAAUUUAUUAAAGAAAAUGUCGCUCAGACAACUAGUUGAAGGAGACUGUGGUGGUGUAAAUCCUCUCAUGCAACUGGGUGGUCAAUUUACCCGUGAUGCAGCGCAUAAAGAUGAAGGUUACGUGCAGGCACAAUUUGAACGUUCUAUGCGUCAAGAUGAACAGAUGGUAAAUGAGUUUUUGGGUCAAGUGGCUGGGCCACCGCAAUCGUUUCAAAUGGAAACUUUGCUGCAGGAAAUGCGUGAAAUCGAACAGGCUCAAAUGGGCCCAUCACAAUUACAGCACGCUCCUCGUGUUAUAGAUGAGGUGGCCGGCCAGUGGUCUAAGGAGUUUGGCGCACCCAUGCAAAUACAACCGCCUGCAGCUCCGCACAUGGUACACGUUCAGCCUCAACAGCAGCAAAUGACUCAUGUCAGGGAAUUUUUCGAUGAGGGACCUGAAACUUCAUCUGCUUACCUUAAUAGACCGGCUCCCUAUUUGGCCAUUUGUCCUCCCCAUCCCAGCGCAAUGAUGGAUCAACAAAUGUCUACUGGUUUAACUGAUAAAUUCUUCGAAGAAGCCAGUGCCAUAGAGAAAUCAGAACAACAAUUACCAGAAGCGCUACAAGGUGAAGAUUGGGUUAAUGACUAUCAAACCAGUAAUGAGAGCAAUGAACAGGCUGCUGCCAAUUAUAAUGAGAAAUUCUGGCAACGUUUACAGGACGAAUGGGCAAAAUUAUCUGAAGAAUCAGAUCAUCCUUGGCUAUCGGAAUACGAUGAAAAUUAUGAUCCCUACAAGGAGUACAAGUUUGCCGAAGAAAAUCCCAUGCAGGAUAUAGAAAAUGCCUUGGAAAAGGGCAAAGAAUAUUUAGCUAAGGGUGAUAUACCCAGUGCAGUGUUAUGUUUUGAAGCAGCUGCCAGCAAAGAUCCCGAAAAUGCUGAAGCCUGGGAACUUUUAGGUAUAUCACAGGCAGAAAAUGAAAUGGAUCCACAAGGUAUAGCAGCCUUAAAGAGGUCGUUAGAUUUAAGGCCCGAUAAUCUUAAAGUUUUAAUGGCUUUGGCAGUGUGUUACACCAAUGAAAGUUUACAGUCGCAGGCGGUGAAAAUGUUAACCAAUUGGUUGCAGUUACAUCCUAAAUACAAACAUCUAGUGCCCGCUCAACCUGAAACUCCAGCAGAUGCAGCCGCCUCAAUGGCUUCAUCAUUGAUACGCGGUAAUAAGUUGCAAGAGGUACAGAAUAUGUAUUUAGAAGCGGUACGCAUGAAUCCACAAACUGUAGAUCCUGAGGUUCAGGAGGCCUUGGGUGUACUCUACAAUCUCUCCUCGGAAUAUGACAAGGCGGUGGAUUGUUUUCAGGCUGCUCUACAUGCCAAUCCACAAAAUGCUAAAGUUUGGAAUCGCCUGGGAGCCAGUUUAGCUAAUGGUUCUCGUUCCGUAGAAGCAGUUGAGGCCUAUCAAAGAGCUUUGGAAUUGGAACCAGGUUUCAUACGGGUACGCUACAAUGUGGGUGUGUGCUGUUUAAAUUUGAAAGCCUACCAACAAGCCGUUGAACAUCUAUUGACCGCCCUUAACAUGCAGGCGAAUGUGGCCGCUAGUCGAGAACUACCAGCCGGCUCAGUGGGUGCUGGUCAGCAACAAAUGUCCGAGUCUAUAUGGAGUACUUUAAAAAUGGUUAUUUCGCUGAUGGGUCGCAAUGAUUUACAGGGUUUCGUUAGUGAUCGCAAUUUGUCAGCACUCAAUGAAGCUUUUAAGGAUUAAAUCAUUUGUUUAAAGACAUAUUUUCUAUUUUUCCUAGUUUUGGGUAAUGGGUUUCUUUAAGGCGUUAUAUAUUGUAAUAGGUAUGCUUAAGUAAAUAUAUUAUUUAAUUGAUUGUAGCCUUAAUAUAUAAGAUAUUAAGAAAUAAACUAUUUUUAUAAAAAAAGUUUAA